AUGACAGCGGGCACGGAGGAUGCACGGGGGCUAGUGGAGCUUGUCUUCCGGCAGCGCCACGAGGAAGUGCUAACGUGCGAGAGCGUCGUUGUGAUUGGGCGUGGCACAUCCAACAACGGCCCCAAGGCGCGCAUGCUGGUUCUGUGCCGCCCCUUCGCGACGGCAGCGACAUCGGCGGCGCCCACGUCGAAUGCGACGCUGAGCGUUGUGCGGCUGGAGUCGGGUCGCGUGAUCAAGGUGAAGCUCGUGUUUGUGGUGGCGCGCCUCGUUGACGUGAGCCACGACGGCAGCUUCGACGCGACCUUCAAUUUCGGCAGCAGCGGUAUGCUCUCCGUCACCUUCGAGUCGCGCAUCCAGCGCGAGAUGUUCGUCGCGGCGGUGCGCAAGCUGCAGCGCGACAUGCAGCCGCUUGUCGCUGUCGGCGCGAGGCGCGACGUGCACGCGCUGUUCACCGACGCGGUGGGCACUGAGGCGGAGGCGGACGCAGC